UCCUCCCCCCCAGGUUCCAGGGUUGAAGCCGCCCUAUCAAAAUGCUCAAUAUGGACCGGGCUCUAACCCAAUGUUCCAGAACGCGCCGCCACCGUCCCAAGACCUCAACGAUUCGCUGACGGGCAAGAUGGGCUUCACUGAUUGGUCGGCUCCAUAUGAUUCCACUCAGGGGGGAAAUCGAUUACCCAAUCAUCACACUGCCCCUCAGUCUGGUCCCUCUCCGUCUCCUUCAUCGUCAUCAGACGGAGACGAACCCAACGACAGCAACGCAAACCAUUUGACGGACAAGUCCUCUCGCUGGGAGGAUCCCACUGGAAGGGGGGGCUUGGCCACUGGAGACGGUUCCCAAGGCAACGGGAGCGUGUCACACAUUCCGUCACUGUUGUCUAUGGCGACGCGCAGUCACAUGGACAUCACCACACCCCCUCUGCCUCAGGUCAGUGCUGAGGUUCUUCGUGUAGCCGAGCACAGGCACAGAAGAGGACUGAUGUACCCCCAGAUUUACCACAUAUUGACCAAGGGAGAGAUGAAGAUGCCAGUGUGUAUAGAGGAUGAGUGUAACUCUGAGCUACCUCCGGCCUCUCUGCUGUUCCGCGCUGCCAGACAGUAUGGCUACGGCGUGCUCUUCAGUCUGGCUGAAACCCACCGCCGCCUGGAGAGGCUCGCUAUGCGCAAGAGGGCCCCCCUGGAAGGUAGGCCCCCACACUGAGUGG